GAGAGGGCGGGCCGGCGGCGGCGGCAGGACCGAGCGCGGCAGGCGGCUGGCCCAGCGCAGCCAGCGCGGCCCGAAGGACGGGAGCAGGCGGCCAAGCACCGAGCGCCGGGCACCGGGCACCGAGCGGCGGCGGCACGCGAGGCCCGGCCCCGAGCAGCACCCCCGCCCGCCGCGGCCUCCAGCCCGGCCCCGCCCAGCGCCGGCCCGCGGGGAUGCGGAGCGGCGGGCGCCGGAGGCCGCGGCCCGGCUAGGCCCGCGCUCGCGCCCGGACGCGGCGGCCCGUCUGGGGAGCAGGGAGGAGCCCUGUGCCCUGUCCCAGGAUCCAUGGGUAGGAACACCAUGGACAGGGAGAGCAAACGGGGCCAUCUGUCACCAGGGGCUUAGGGAAGGCCGAGCCAGCGUGGGUCAAAGAAGUCAAAGGGGCUGCCUGGAGGAGGCUGCCUGGAGGAGGCAGCCUGUCAGCUGGUGCAUCAGAGGCUGUGGCCAGGCCAGCUGGGCUCGGGGAGCGCCAGCCUGAGAGGAGCGCGUGAGCAUCGUGGGAGCCUCGGGCACCAUGAGCGACGUGGCUAUUGUGAAGGAGGGCUGGCUGCACAAACGAGGGGAGUACAUCAAGACCUGGCGGCCACGCUACUUCCUCCUCAAGAAUGAUGGCACCUUCAUUGGCUACAAGGAGCGGCCGCAGGACGUGGACCAACGUGAGGCCCCCCUCAACAACUUCUCUGUGGCGCAGUGCCAGCUGAUGAAGACGGAGCGGCCCCGGCCCAACACCUUCAUCAUCCGCUGCCUGCAGUGGACCACUGUCAUUGAACGCACCUUCCACGUGGAGACUCCUGAGGAGCGGGAGGAGUGGACAACCGCCAUCCAGACGGUGGCCGACGGCCUCAAGAAGCAGGAGGAGGAGGAGAUGGACUUCCGGUCGGGCUCACCCAGUGACAACUCAGGGGCUGAAGAGAUGGAGGUGUCCCUGGCCAAGCCCAAGCACCGCGUGACCAUGAAUGAGUUUGAGUACCUGAAGCUGCUGGGCAAGGGCACUUUCGGGAAGGUGAUCCUGGUGAAGGAGAAGGCUACAGGGCGCUACUACGCCAUGAAGAUCCUCAAGAAGGAAGUCAUCGUGGCCAAGGACGAGGUGGCCCACACACUCACGGAGAACCGUGUCCUGCAGAACUCCAGGCACCCCUUCCUCACGCGUGGUGCAGGGCUGCCGUCCUGCCUGUGGGGCCGCAGUUGCAGCUUCGCUUCCUUCCAGGCCCUGAAGUACUCUUUCCAGACCCACGACCGCCUCUGCUUCGUCAUGGAGUACGCCAACGGGGGCGAGCUGUUCUUCCACCUGUCCCGGGAGCGUGUGUUCUCUGAGGACCGGGCCCGCUUCUAUGGCGCUGAGAUCGUGUCAGCCCUGGACUACCUGCACUCGGAGAAGAACGUGGUGUACCGGGACCUCAAGCUGGAGAACCUCAUGCUGGACAAGGACGGGCACAUUAAGAUCACAGACUUCGGGCUGUGCAAGGAGGGGAUCAAGGAUGGUGCUACCAUGAAGACCUUCUGCGGCACACCCGAGUACCUGGCCCCUGAGGUGCUGGAGGACAAUGACUACGGCCGUGCGGUGGACUGGUGGGGGCUGGGCGUGGUCAUGUACGAGAUGAUGUGCGGCCGCCUGCCCUUCUACAACCAGGACCAUGAGAAGCUUUUUGAGCUCAUCCUCAUGGAGGAGAUCCGCUUCCCGCGCACGCUUGGUCCCGAGGCCAAGUCCUUGCUCUCGGGGCUGCUCAAGAAGGACCCCAAGCAGAGGCUUGGCGGGGGUUCCGAGGACGCCAAGGAGAUCAUGCAGCAUCGCUUCUUUGCCGGCAUCGUGUGGCAGCAUGUGUACGAGAAGAAGCUCAGCCCGCCCUUCAAGCCCCAGGUCACAUCGGAGACCGACACCAGGUAUUUUGACGAGGAGUUCACGGCCCAGAUGAUCACCAUCACACCACCUGACCAAGACGACAGCAUGGAGUGUGUGGACAGCGAGCGCAGGCCCCACUUCCCCCAGUUCUCCUACUCGGCCAGCGGCACGGCCUGAGGCGGCGGUGGACUGCGCUGGACGGUAGCUUGGAGGGAUGGAGAGGCGACCUCGUGCCAUGAUCUGUAUUUAAUGGUUUUUAUUUCUCGGGUGCAUUUGAGAGAAGCCACGCCGUCCUCCUGAGCCCAGGUGGAAAGACGUUUUUGUGCUGUGGGCAGCACCCUCCCCCGCAGCGGGGUAGGGAAGAAAAUUGUCCUGCGGGUUUUAAUUUAUUUCAUCCAGUUUGUUCUCCGGACGUGGCCUCAGCCCUCAGAACAAUCCAAUUCACAUAGGGAAAUGUUAAGGACUUCUGCAGCUAUGCGCAAUGUGGCGUUGGGGGGCCGGGCAGGUCCUGCCCACGUGUCCCCUCACUCUGUCAGCCAGCCGCCCUGGGCUGUGUGUCACCAGCUAUCUGUCAUCUCUCUGGGGCCCUGGGCCUCAGUUCAGCCUGGUGGCACCAGAUGCAACCUCACUAUGGCAUGCUGGCCGGCACCCUCUCCUGGGGGUGGCAGGCACACGGCAGCCCCCAGCACUAAGGCCGUGUCUCUGAGGACGUCAUUGGAGGCUGGGCCCCUGGGAUGGGACCAGGGAUGGGGGAUGGGCCAGGGUUUACCCAGUGGGACAGAGGAGCAAGGUUUAAAUUUGUUAUUGUGUAUCAUGUUGGUCAAAUGCAUUUUGGGGGUUUUUAAUCUUUGUGACAGGAAAGCCCUCCCCCUUCCCCUUCUGUGUCACAGUUCUUGGUGACUGUCCCACCGGGAGCCUCCCCCUCAGAUGAUCUCUCCACGGUAGCACUUGACCUUUUUGCCGCUUAACCUUUCCGCUGUCGCCCCGGGCCCUCCCUGACUCCCUGUGGGGGUGGCCAUCCCUGGGCCCCUCCACGCCCUCCUGGCCAGACGCUGCCGCUGCUGCUGCACCACGGCGUUUUUUUACAACAUUCAACUUUAGUAUUUUUACUAUUAUAAUAUGAAAAUUUCCCUCCAAAUUCUUCAAUAAAAGUUGCUUUUCAA